GGGCGUUGCUGGGAAACCUCCGCUGUCUGCUGCGGCGGGACCGGCAGGAAUGGCGGCGUCGGCGCUGGCGCGGCUCGGAGCGGCCUUUGUACUCUUCGCAGCCCAGGUGGCCUGUGAGUAUGGAAUGGUGCACGUGGUGUCUGAGACCGGUGUCGCCAGAGGCAAGGACUACUGCAUCCUGUACAACCCCCAGUGGGCCCACCUCCCGCACGACCUGGGCAAGGCGUCUCUCCUGCAGCUUGGUGACUGGUCAUCCUCCCUGCUCUGCUCCCCCAGCGACCUCCCUGCUGCUGGCUUCAGCAACCAGAUCCCGCUGGUGGCCCGCGGGAACUGCACCUUCUACGAGAAAGUGCGCCUGGCGCAGGGCAGCGGGGCCCGUGGGCUGCUCAUCGUCAGCAAGGAGAAGCUGGUUCCUCCGGGCGGCAACAAGACACAGUACGAGGAAAUCGGCAUCCCCGUGGCCCUGCUGAGCCACAGAGACGCUCUGGACAUCUUCCGGAGCUUCGGCCGCAAGGUGCGGGUGGCGCUGUACGCCCCCAGUGAGCCGGUGCUGGACUACAACAUGGUCAUCAUCUUCAUCAUGGCGGUGGGCACGGUCGCCCUUGGGGGCUACUGGGCCGGGAGCCGGGACGUGAGGAGAAGGUACAUGAAGCAUAAGCGGGACGACGGGCCCGAGAAGCAGGAGGACGAGGCGGUGGACGUGACGCCCGUCAUGAUCUGUGUGUUCGUGGUCAUGUGCUGUUCCAUGCUGGUGCUGCUCUACUACUUCUACGACCACCUCGUCUACGUGAUCAUCGGGAUCUUCUGCCUGGCCUCCUCCACCGGCCUCUAUAGCUGCCUGGCGCCCUGUGUGCGCCGCCUGCCCUGCUGUGGGUGCAGGGUCCCAGACAACAGCCUGCCCUACUUCCACAAGCGCCCCCAGGCCCGCAUGCUGCUCCUGGCGCUCUUCUGCGUGGCCGUCAGCGUGGUGUGGGGCAUCUUCCGCAACGAGGACCAGUGGGCCUGGGUCCUGCAGGAUGCUCUGGGCAUUGCCUUCUGCCUGUACAUGCUGAAGACCAUCCGCCUUCCAACCUUCAAGGCCUGCACACUACUGCUGCUGGUGCUCUUCAUCUACGACGUCUUCUUUGUCUUCAUCACGCCCUUCCUGACCAAGAGCGGGAACAGCAUCAUGGUAGAGGUGGCCACCGGGCCCUCGGACUCCGCCACCCACGAGAAGCUGCCCAUGGUCCUGAAGGUGCCCAGGCUGAACUCCUCGCCCCUGGCCCUGUGCGACCGGCCCUUCUCCCUCCUGGGCUUUGGAGACAUCUUGGUGCCAGGGCUGCUGGUGGCCUACUGCCACAGGUUCGACGUGCAGGUGCAGUCCUCCAGGGUGUACUUCGUGGCCAGCACCAUCGCCUACGGCAUCGGCCUCCUGGUGACGUUUGUGGCGCUGGCGCUUAUGCAACGCGGCCAGCCCGCACUGCUCUACCUGGUGCCCUGCACGCUGGUGACAUCUUGCGCGGUGGCCCUGUGGCGCCGGGAGCUGGGCGCCUUCUGGACGGGCAGUGGCUUUGCGAAAGACCUACCUCAGUCACCGUGGGCCCCGGCUGACAGCCCCCAGCCUCCCCGGGAGCCAGAUGGCCCGAGCCCCCAGCAGCCUCCAGGUGAAGCGCAGGCCAAGGCCCCCCUGCCCACUGAGCAGCCCCCAGAACCAUCUCCGUCGGAGGAGGAAGGGGCCGAAGCACCUGCCCAGGAGCCCGGGAACCUGGCCCCUGGCACCCCAGAGCCCGUGGGCCAGGACCCGGCCUUGCCCGGCCCCACCGCCCAGCCUGGGGUCUCCGCCUAGGGAGGGGGCUUCCAAGCCCUCGAGGCCUGGCAUGGCCAUCCCCACCACACCACGACGCCGGGGCCACUGGUGCCUGCAGGAGACACAGGACAGCCACGCCCACCAGCCUGGCCCGCGCCGGCCCCCAACAUGGUGCUCAGCCCUCGGCAGGGCCCCACGGCCCUCUUGCCCUCGCCCGCCUGCGCCCGGCCUCUCCAACCCUGCUCUGCGCGCCUGGCCGCCUCAGCCCCUCCAGCUCCGCAGUCUUCCAUCAGGUCCUCUUCCUGGUCACUUGCGCCAUCUGCUUGCGGCCAAGGCCACGGCAUCUGGUGCUUCACCUGCCCCUGCUUCCCUGCAGGGUUGCCCUCCCUGUGGGGCACGGCUGCAGGCGGCAGAGGGGCGGUGUGCUGAGCAGCCAGCACUGUCCAUGUGAGGCGGGCCGGUCCGGAAGGCGCGCCUGGCCUGAGCCACAUGGAGAGCGAGGCCGGCGGGGUUCAGGACCCCGACUGCAAUGGAGAUGAGAGAUGAGCAGAGAUGACCACCGUCCCGGGGCCCAGAGCAGGCCCCACGCACCUCCCUCCUUUGAUAAAGGGUGGCUGCUCCCUGAGUCUGGUGGUGUCCCCAGUGGCGUGGGGUCUCCACUGCCCCCAAGGCGGGGCGGGGCCAGGGAGUCGGCACAGGACUGAGGUGGCCCUCGUGGGUUACCGGCGCUCCCUGUCCCUGGCUGCAGCAGGCGGAAGCAGCUCCAGGGCUUCGGGACCAAGGGAGGAUGACCCCGAGCCAGCGUCUGUCCUCUACCUCACCCACGGGCUCGUCCAGGCCCCAGGACAGAGAUGCUUGUGGCAGGGCCAACCUCCUGGGCAUGGCCGGUCCCCACGCCAUGCUGCAUGUCGCCCCCAAAUCCCAGGCAGCAGAGCCUGGCGUCGGGCACGGGUGUGGGGCCCUCCCUGUCCCCGCCGUCCCCAGAACCAAGUUCAGAAGGGUGGAGCUGGUGCCCUGCACUCGCCCAAGCAGCUGGGUUCUGCUCUGCGCCAGGUCGGACUGGGACUGGCCAAGAGCCCCACGCCCCGCGGCCAGCCAGCGGGGGCUCUGGAGAGCAGCAGAAAGGGCGGAGGGAGGAAAACGGAGCGCUUCCCCAGACAUCCUGUUUCUUGAAAAGCACCGUGAUGUGGGGACAGGAGUGUCAGGACCUUCCUCCCCGUGGACGCCGAGGACAGGAUCCAAGCGGCCGAGCACCCGCUCCUGCCAUCAGACUGCACCUUAAAUGAAGCCAUUUUGUACGUGGGCGUGAGGGCAGAGGGGCCGUGCUGGGCUCUCCGUUUGUAUGUUUUGCCUUGCUCCUGUUGGAUCUGAAGAUUAAAUGUAGCUUUUGAUAUUUA